AUCUUAAAAGCUCACAAGAAAGUAACCAAUUUUUAAUUGAGAUUAAUGAAGAAUUUGAUCGUAAAAAUAACAAACUGAAAGAAGACCUUAAUAAGUAUCAAUCAGCUGAAUUCUUGAAAGAUCUAUAUGAGAGCUUGAACUUUGAAAGUUCUGAGAGUAGUUCUGAUGAAAGCUCAGAAAGUAGUUUAGAUGAAAAAGACAAAGAAGUGAAUGAAUGA